GAAACAGUUUCUAAACCAACAAAACUUGAAUCCGAUACAUUAACAACUAAUAAUCAUCGAGCAGAAAAAAUUAACAACUAAUAAUCUUAAAUGUAGCUAACAAGUUAUUGAACAGAAGACAAAUUUGACGAGAAGAGAUAUAUCGAUAUCAUUCUGUCCAUGAUUAUUAUUAUUAUAUGACUCUGUCUGAUGAAAGAAAAGCAGACUGCAAAAAUCAGAGAAAAUGAUGAUGAUGAUGGCGAAGAAGAAGAAGAAGGAGAUGGGCAGAAGCGAUAGUUUACCCGAAAUCUCGGAAUAUAGUUUCAGCUCUUCUCAUCUUUUUCAUUUUUUUUACCUCCCUAUAAUAACAUAAUUAUUUUAAUAAAAAUAUUAUUAUUAUUAUUAUUAUUAUUAUUUUGCAACAGACAGAUAGACAGAGAGGAGAAUUCUAGAGAGAGAGAGUCUGUGUCUGUCUGUGUGCGUAAAUGUGAAUGUGAGAGAUAGAAAGAAAAGAUAGAGAAAGGGUAAAACCCUUUCUUUCUUUCUUUUCUUUGUAGCAAGCAAGCAUUACAUUGGAUCCAAAUAUCUACUCUACUCUUCUCUUCUUUCUUAUUAUUUACAUAUACAACACAGACAGAAAGACAUUCACAUACAUACACACAUACUUACACAAACACACUUCUCCUUCUUAAUCUCAUACUUCUUUCUGUCUCUCUAUACCUCCUCAUAUAGAUCUCUAGCAAUGGGAGCUCGCUGCUCCAGAUUAUCAGGUUGUUGGUGGGAAUCUCAAUUUAAACCCACAGACCUUGAAUCAUCUGAUCUUGAGAAUGGAAGCAAAAGUAAUCAAGAGACAAUACCUGGGUUCUGUGAAUAUACUUUUGAACAACUUAGGGUAGCUACAAGUGGUUUCUCUGUUGAUAACAUUGUUUCUGAACACGGUGAGAAAGCACCUAAUGUUGUUUACAAAGGGAAACUCUCUAAUGAUAGAUUCAUCGCUGUUAAGCGUUUUCAUAAAGCUGCUUGGCCUGAUUCUCGUCAAUUCCUUGAAGAAGCUAAAACAGUGGGUCAUCUUCGGAAUGAACGAUUAGCGAAUCUAAUCGGAUGUUGUUGUGAAGGUGAUGAGAGAUUGUUGGUUGCUGAGUUUAUGCCUAAUGAAACACUUGCCAAACAUCUAUUCCAUUGGGAGGCUCAACCCAUGAAAUGGGCAAUGAGAUUGAGAGUAGCAUUGUAUUUGGCUGAAGCCUUGGACUAUUGCAGUGGUAAAGGGAGAGCGUUGUAUCAUGACUUAAAUGCUUAUAGAGUUCUAUUUGAUCAGGAUGGUAACCCUAGGCUAUCAUGCUUCGGUCUCAUGAAAAAUAGUAGAGAUGGGAAGAGUUACAGUACAAACUUGGCUUUUACCCCUCCAGAAUACAUGAGGACUGGAAGAGUAACCGCAGAAAGUGUAGUUUACAGCUUUGGCACCCUGUUGCUUGAUCUUCUUAGUGGCAAGCAUAUUCCCCCGAGCCAUGCACUUGAUUUAAUACGUGGCAAAAAUUUCUUGAUGUUGAUGGAUUCUUGCUUGGAGGGUCAUUUUUCAAAUGAUGAUGGAACUGAACUUGUGCGAUUAGCUUCACGUUGUUUGCAAUAUGAAGCUCGUGAGAGGCCAAACCCAAAAUCACUGGUGACUGCACUCAUUGCUCUUCAAAAAGAUACAGAGGUUCCAUCAUAUGAGUUAAUGGGUAUCUCACAAGGAACUGCAUCAGCAGCAGAGUCAUUAACAUUAACACCUUUUGGUGAAGCUUGCACUCGAAUGGAUCUUACUGCCAUUCAUGAAAUACUAGAGAAGGUCGGAUAUAAGGAUGAUGAGGGAAUUGCAAACGAGCUUUCUUUCCAGAUGUGGACAAACCAAAUGCAGGAGACCUUGAACUCUAAGAAACAUGGGGACACAGCUUUUCGAGCUAAAGAGUUCUCAACCGCAAUUGAAUGUUAUACAGUGUUCAUUGAUGGUGGGACGAUGGUAUCACCAACGGUAUUUGCAAGGCGUUGCUUGUCUUAUUUGAUGAACGACAUGCCACAAGAAGCCCUUGGGGAUGCAAUGCAAGCCCAGGUGAUUUCGCCUGACUGGUCCACCGCAUUCUACCUUCAAGCAGCUGCCCUUUUCAGCCUUGGAAUGGAUACUGACGCUCAAGAGACGCUUAAAGAUGGAACAACCUUGGAGGCCAAAAAGAACAGCAAAAGCUGAAACUGUAUAGGUUUUUCUUUUUGCCAGUUUGGUCUUUUUGUUUUCUUUUCUUGUAUGUAUUUGCUUCCUUUUUCUUAUCCUUCACUGUUCAGAGGUGUUUUUUGUCGCGCCUGAACAUUCUUUUGAGAAGUUUACGCUGGGGUUGACUUUUAGUGUUCUUGUUGUAACUCCAUGUUGUUGGGGCUCUGAUCACAAUUUAAUUUAAGAAGUUGCUGUGAGGUUAGUACUUUC